AUGCGAGUAAAUCAAGAGCUAAUUGGAAGUUCUUCCGGCCAGGUCAAGCCACCGGUUGCAACCUCCAGCGCUACCGCCUCUGCCUCUGCGAUCAGUCCGGCGAAGGUCACCGAGCGUUCGGUGGCAAACGCGUUAGAGCCGGAAAUUGUGAGGCCGAGGAUUAUGGCGGUCGCUUCUCCUAUUGCUGGCCAGUGUAUUAGACACGAUGAUCAGCAGAAGAUCGGGGUUUUUUUGGAGCGAUGUUACUAUUGUGGGAAGAAAAUUGCUAAAGACUCUGAGGUGUACAUGUACAGUGACUUUUGUGCUUUCUGCUCUGUUGAGUGUCGUGGUUUGCAGAUUGAACAAGACCAAUUGGCAAAGAAAGAUGCAGCAAAACAUAAGCAGAAGGAAAAAGGAUCGAACUGUCUUAAUGUUCUUCUGGACCAACUGAUAAAGGAAAUGGGAGCAUCCCAGCUUUGA